AUGUCAUCGAGAACAGCAGAUAGUCCGACAGGACUCAAGAUGGCUCCGAUGUCCCAAAUCUUUGGUACCAUAGCUGCCUGUUUGAUUGUCCGUUUCAUUGUCAGAGCCAUAUACCGCGUGUACUUCCACCCACUCAGCAAGUUUCCUGGGCCAAAACUUUACGCAGCAACACGCAUUCCAUUCCUUUAUGUUUCAGCUACUGGCCAGAGCAACAAUGCCCUCUACGAUUUGCACCAAAAGUAUGGACGUAUAGUCAGGACCCAGUACGACGAGUUGAGUUUCGCUGAUCCUGAUGCUUGGAAAGAUAUCUAUGGCCAUGGUACGAAAGGCACCGCAGGGGCUCCUCCUCCCAAAGCAUGGGACAGAUAUCCGGCACCACCCAACAACGUACAUGGCAUUAUCAGCGCCCCCGACCAAGAUCACGCUCGUACACGAAAGAUUUUCACGCCUGCCUUUUCGGAUCGCGCUCUGAAACAACAAGAGCCACUUUUCUUCAAAUACAUGGACAAGCUCGUGUCUCUACUGAAGAAGGAAGCCAGCGAGGACCCAGACAAGAAGUUCGACAUGGUUCGUAUGUAUAACUUCACUACCUUCGAUGUCAUGGGCGAUUUGACUUUCGGAGAAUCGCUACACAUGCUCGACAAUGCCGAAUACGAUCCAUGGGUAAGAGAUAUCUUCGCUUCUUUAAAGGUUUCAUACAUAAUCCAGCUGUUGGCACUGUACCCUAUUAUAUGGCGUUUGUGGAAAACCUUCAUGCCGGAGUCGAUUAAUCAAAAGCGCAUACGCCAUCACGAAUACUCGGUAACACGCGUCACGAAGCGCCUGGAAAAAGGACGGGAGAGCAAGGGCGUCGACCUGUGGGAUUUCGUGCUCAAUAAAAAGGGGGAACAAGGUAUGAGCAGACAAGAAAUGGAUACGAACGCCGAAUUUUUCAUGGUUGCUGGAACAGAGACGACGGCCACUCUGGUGUCGGGUCUGACAUUUUUGUUGCUCACCAACCCGGAUUGCAUGAAGAAGCUUUGCGACGAGGUACGCGGCCAAUUCGCAACAGAUGCCGACAUGAGCAUGGAAGUGAUAGCUGCGCUGCCCUACCUGUCGGCAUGCAUCAAGGAAGCUCUCCGUCUGUACCCGCCGUUAGCCACGGGCCUUCAACGCCACACACCAGAGAUUGGCAGCACAAUCAACGGUACAUUUAUCCCUCCAGCCGCCACUGUUUUCAUGGCUCAGCACGCGAUGUAUCGCAGUGCGCAAAACUUCAAGAGGCCUAUGGAGUUCCUUCCGCAGAGAUGGUUAGGUGACCCGGAGUUUGAGGAAGAUAAGAGACACUGCGUUCAGCCCUUUUCGGUUGGAACAAGAGAUUGCAUUGGCAAAAAUAUGGCAUACCAUGAAAUGCGUCUCAUCAUGGCCAAGGUCUUGUACAAUUUUGAUAUGGAGCUCUGCCCUGAGAGCAACAACUGGUUAGACCAGGACACCUAUGUCAUAUGGGAGAAGAAGCCGCUUAUCUGCAAGGUGAAAAGCGUAAACUAG